AUGCACUCCGAAAACGUGUUCGAGCCCGAAAUGCAUGCGACAGUUGCCGUAAGAGGAAGCGAAAGUGUGACGGUGCAUCACCAUGUUUAUUUUGAACAUAUCAACCCCGUUUUUGGGAUGCUAGAACUGGAAAGGUUUCGGCAUAGAUGUGAGCUUUUCUGGAAAGAUGACACGGGAAGUGUUGGAUCUGAGGCACUUAUCUGUGGAGUUGUAUCUUUGGGUGCAUUAUUCACGAGACAUAUCGCAUGUGUGCUUGAAGGUGAUGUAUCUGAGCAUGGUCGGUGCUUGCUGGAGCAGGGCUCACAGAGGCAUGGCGAUAUGUCUCUUGAUCAUGUGAUAGCAUGGACUUUACGGUCUCUUUACCUUCGGUCAACGAGUCGUCCCAAUUUGUCUUCUUUGGCAAUAUUUACCACUGUCCAUUUGGCAGAAUCAAUUGGUCUCCAUCGUGAGAUGGAUACUGUCGUUUUCGCCAUUGAUGGAUCAAGAAACGUUUUCACAUCCGACCUGUUGGAAUUACGUCGGAGGGUCUUCUGGAUUGUAAUGUCUCUCAACCAACUAUUCGCUGCCGAGUAUGGCCGUUCAAAAGUUUUAUUGGACAACGUCAAAUGCCAAAAGCCGACCGCCAAGGACGGAGAUUCUAUCGGCGACUUGAUCACAAUGUCGGAACUGCUAUCCUCCUGCACUGGCUCAGUGGUUGAACCUUCUGCCCUGCGAGCAUCAAUCGAAAAUUUGUGGAGCCUACCUAUUAAUCAUGCAGGACUGGCCCUCAUCAAGGCAGAUAUUACUUUAUGCCUCUGUCGAAGACUUCACCUGACUUAUUCGAAGUUCUGUCCGUCCAUAUUGAACAUUAUCAUGAUGGUUUUUCGUAAUGCCUUUGUGGAAUCAAGAACCUUGUCAGAGAAAGGAUUACCCUGGUGGAAUGUGAUUAGUGUUCCAUUCAAUGCGAUUUGUCUACUCUUGUCUAUAAACACGCGCCAGAGUAUAUCCCAUUUUCCCGACGCCAUCAGUACCCUAGAAACUGUUAGCAAUUUAUGGGACACCCAUCUAUCGAGGGAGGCUUUACAGACUGCCCAAAUGUUGGUCAAUCGGUUUAUCGAAAUGAAACGCGAAGACCAGGUGCUCUUAGAAACCCUUCAUCGGGCUGUUGACCACCCUAGCGCAUCAUCAAGCACGCAGGAUUGGAUGGAGACCUUUGGUAAUGACCCUUUUGAGGGGUUGAACGAACAGGACUUUGGCUGGGCACAGUUUUUCGGUGACGUCGUGGGUUGA